UGAUUCCUGUUCUCAGUGGUAAAGCAAUAUCCUUUAGCCCUUUCCAUAGCUUUUCUCAGCUCUGCCUGGAAAAGGAUCUUCCAGACCAAGCAAGAUGAAUGAAGACUACAGUGACAUCUAUGACACAAUCCAAAAGGAGAGAAGGGAUGAGAACCCAGACCCACUGGAGGAAAAUGAUGCUCCUUUAUAUGACGAAGUCCAUGAAGACUUGUGGGCUGAAAAUGAUCUGUACGCCACUAGGCUAGAAAGCCAUGAAUAUGAUUCUUUGUCGGUGUAUGUCUCGAAAAGGGAAGAGGCCACCCCAGCCUUCCCAGAGCCUGAAGCAGAAAGCUAUCUCCUGCCUGAUGAGGUGUUUUCUGAGCCCCAGGAGGUCAGGGACAUCUCUAUGGGAGACUCACACCCAUCAAGCCAAGACCCAGAGCCUCUCCAAAAGGAGCUGCAGGAGAAAGGAAGGAUGAUGACCAAGAAAGAGUUGCCUUCUUUACUGAGCUUCACAGUUCAGCACAGCAGGGCCUUUUCCACCGGCCUGGACUCCCCUACCUGCCUUUCUGAUGCUACUGGUCUGGAGGGAAAUAAAGUAGCUUCCAGCAGCCCCGAGAUCUUCCUGUUUGUGAAGGCUGGAGUCGAUGGGGAAAGCAUUGGCAACUGUCCUUUCUCUCAGCGUCUCUUCAUGAUCCUCUGGCUGAAAGGAGUCGUGUUCAAUGUCACCACUGUGGAUCUGAAAAGAAAGCCCGCUGAUCUACACAACCUCGCUCCUGGCACGCACCCGCCCUUCCUGACCUUCAAUGGGGAUGUGAAGACCGAUGUCAACAAGAUUGAGGAGUUCCUGGAGGAGACCUUAGCCCCUGAGAAGUACCCCAAACUGGCUGCCAAGCACCGGGCAUCCAACACCGCGGGCAUUGACAUCUUCUCCAAGUUCUCAGCCUACAUCAAAAACACCAAGCAGCAGAACAACGCUGCCCUUGAGAGAGGCUUGACAAAGGCGCUGAGGAAGCUGGACGACUACCUGAACACCCCUCUGCCGGAGGAGAUUGACACCAACACCCGUGGGGAUGAGAAAGGGUCCCAGCGCAAGUUCCUGGAUGGGGAUGAGCUGACGCUGGCUGACUGCAAUCUGCUGCCCAAGCUGCAUGUGGUCAAGAUUGUGGCUAAGAAGUACCGAAACUAUGACCUUCCAGCUGAGAUGACCGGCUUGUGGCGGUACCUCAAGAAUGCCUAUGCACGGGACGAGUUCACCAACACCUGCGCAGCUGACAGUGAGAUUGAGCUGGCCUAUGCGGAUGUCGCCAGGCGCCUCAGCCGAUCCUGAGCUUAGAUGUCUGGCCCAAUUCUGCUGCAGAAGAAUUUUACUUCUCCCAACGGCCUUCAACGCUACAGACUCUGCCUCCUUGUUGCCUUGGGGAAAACAUUAAAAAAAGAAUAGGCCACAUCUUGCUGGCACCCCUGAACUCAACUCUAGCCUUCUACCUUCUAAGAUCAGUGCCAUCCUUCCGCCUUGCCCUACAGGAGCCUGGCAAGCAAAGAGACAUAAUAGCAGAUCUUUCCACCCACAGAUCUGAUCUAGGGUCGGUGUAUCUGGGGUCAGUUUGGAAAUCUUCCAUGGGAUUGUCACUGUUCCCUUCUGCCAAUAUCAUAAUGCUUUCUUAGAUGCUCUAACAGCUUGAAAUGCUAGCUUCUCUCUCUCCCCUGUCUUCCUCAGCAACUGAAAGGGCAUGAAUGAAUGCCAUUACAUGAUCACUGGGGAGGCAGCGGUGGGGAGCUCUCAAGUGAGUGUGGCUCUGGGAAUCUAGCAAAGCAGUUCCAGCUGCUCACUAUUUAUGACCAGAGGGCCAGAUGGUAAUGUCCCCUUGGAUACACUCGAAUUUGCUGCAGCACUGGGAACUGGUGCAAUAUGACCUGGCCAGCACUGACCCCAGCUUUCCUUCUGUCUCCAUUUUGCCACAAAGGCAGUUGACUUCUAAUUCUAAACUGAGGUGACCCAGAUGAAGAGGGACUUCUGGGAAGCAAUGUUGAUGCCAAAAGGCCCACCAGGGUCUACAGCCACAGGGGUCACUGACUGAAGAGUAGUCCACUGGAGAUCGCACGGGCGUGUAUGACUGUGUUCCUCAAUGAGUGACUUUCAGUUAGAGAAAGAGAUGGGAGAGGGAGGGAGGAGAUACAGUUCUAUAUGAGUUUGAUGUAGCUUAGAAAACUUUUAGACCACUCUUCUCUCUCAGUAUCUAAACCUUGGACUGGUGUUGGACUGGUUGGCACACCUACCAGCCAUAAACCAGAUUCAACAUCCGCCAAAAAAAAAAAAAAAUGUUUUCCAGGCCCUUCCUAGUCACUUGCAGAUGCUGGUUGCAGAUGCUGGUGUGUGCUCCUAGCUUCUUCGCCCCAAGCCCUGAUGGAAGAGAAAUUCUGUGAAGGAAUGGUGUGAAGGAAUGGCUACCUUAGGAAGGAAGUCCACAGGUCUUUCUGACUGGGAAGCCACAACUUGAAUUUGGAAAAUCCGUGCUGCCCUGGGUCCAUUUUCCCACUGUCACAGUCAUCACAGUAUCAUAUUUUUAAGAAAAGGAAGUGUUUUGUUUUUUAAACUACUAUUUUUCUCCUUAAUCAUUCUCCUUGAGUUUUACCUACAAAACUCACAAGGCCUGAGCAUGGAAACCUGGGCUGAUCAGGCACUAUGGCAAACGAGUUAAUCAUUAGCUCUUCCUCUACUUGUGAGGCGCUCACAAGUUUCUAGGCGUUCCUCUAGUGAAUGCCUAGAAGAAACCCAUCCUCAGGGCCUCAGUUCCAACAAUCUCGCCCUGUGUGUUGCCUGCCAGUGGAGGGUGAGGCUCGUGGGGGCCGGAAGCCUGGCCUUGGCUCAUUGCACCGGAGGGCGGGGCAGCACGGGUCCUUUCCAUAGAAACAUCAACAUGGGAUAAGCCAAGCAGUCACUGGACCCACCUUUCUCUAGGGAUCUCCAAAGCAAAGAGUGACCAUUGAUCCGAGGAGGGAGGAAGCAGGAGGUCUCCCUAGCCCAUUGGGGAAGAGGACUGUGCCUGCUAGGACCUUUUUUAAACUUGAAAGGGCUUUGAAGAGGCAAAAUGAGUCGAUUCAUUUCCAUCGCUACAGGAACCUUUCCACAGGCUCUCGGCAAGCAGCCCCUCGGGAUGUUUAAAAGUGUAGCAGUGCUGAGGGAACAGCCCUUCUUCCUUCAGGGGAAUUUCCCUAAUGGGCCUCCCAGGGGAGGAGAGCUUCCGGAAGCAACCGGAAGGCUGUUUAAUUACUAGGAAACCAUGUUGUUCUCAGGGAUCUUUCCCGGAACUUACAGGCAGGCAGGGUGAACCCGACGCAGCUCACAUCCCUGUGUCCCACAAAUGUGCUGAUGGUAAAGAUGUGAAGUGUAGCCUGCGGACAGAGGGGCCUGAGAGGAAAGGUGGGAGGGAUACCCAGGACGGUCCUGUGGUGAUCUGAGGCCAGCAAUUGGCAAGUCUUUACAAAGAAACUUCCCAAGCCGAGUCAACGUUGUUUCUAGCAGGUCCUCCCGUGGUCAGGUUAGCUUUACAUAAGUCACAAAAUUUAGGCAAUGUUGGGUGUUAGAGGAUCAAUUAUAACCCCUUUCAAGACAGGCAAGACUGUAGGAGAGAGGCUUUUCUGGGUACUUUGAUGCAGAAGUAAUUUUAAUUUUAUCAGAUAAUCAUAAGGAGACUGACCAGUGUCUUCGGACAUAAUUAUCACGGUGUAUAAAAACAGCAAUAAAGUAAAUGAUGAUUAUCCCUCUCCCCAAGGAGAUUUUUCUCUGGUGGCUCCAGCCUCCCUGGACCCUGGUCUUAACCUUGUCAUGUGUGUGAUUCACCAUCUGCAGCCACCCUGUGGUAAGGUUCCAAAUCCCAGCUCAGGCUGUGUGGAACGGUUAUCAGGGUGGAUGUUCCUGCAUAGGCGACUCUGGAUAGGCGCUGUCCUGGUAAAUGGCGGUCCCUCCGGAAGCAUUGGAGAGGCAGAGAAAGGGAGACUAUCUUGAUGGAGCUAUUUAGCUUGUAUUCCUCUUCUACCACGGAUUGUCACAUGCCAAUCUUGCCUGUGUGAGAGCUAUGUGGGAGGCAAGACAGACAGCUGGGGUCAGACUCACAAUUAUCGAGUUGGUGUGCCUACCUAUUUAAAACUGCCUACCUCUUAGGAUGACCCAGAGAGAAGGUAUUCCAAUUAAUAUAUUAAUAACUAUACACAGUGAGAUAGAAAGUGAAUUUUCGGUUGUUUCAGAACAUAAUUUCAUACGUUCUGAAAAAUUCCUCUCCUAGGCAGCCUCAUGACACCAAACAAAUCAGUUGCCAAGUAGGAAGCAGUCAAUCAUUUUAUUUGGCCAGACCAUCCCAAACUGGUUGCAGCUUCCCGGUAGAUGGCACUGUCUCUGGUGUUCACUUCUGGUGCUGCUGAGACCAGACAGGAUCUUGGGGUUUUUCAUCAAAAAGCAGCUGCUCCAAGAGUGAAGGCUGGACCAUGUUUCUGCUACCUUCUGGUUCUCCUGAGGUGCGGCAACAGCAGUGAAGGCAGUUCUGCCUUCUGCAGACAGACAGUCCCAAGCAUUUUAGGACCACCAUGGCACAGAGCGCCUGGCACAGACAGAUGCUCACUGUCUGAGAGUACCAGGAACUUGGCAGGCCCAGGCAAAUUUGUAUUGCGAAGGAAGCCGAGGCAGAAGCUGUGUGUCUAUUCAGUAAGAGUUCACCAUCGCUAAAAGACUUGCAUCUGCAAUCAAAAUGUUGUAGAAGCGGCCGGUGUCUGGUAGGUAAGUGCUUCCAGGGUUCCGCCUUCAUGGCCCAGGAGUGAGCUCAGCUGCCUACGAGGAGGAUACUAACAUGGCCUUGCUUGGAAAUGUGAAACACCUACUCAUGAAUGAGACUAAGUUCAGUGAUUCUCAAGAAUUAUGUUUUGAGAGCUCCAUAUCUGUAUCCCCUAUAUUCAUAUAUAUCAUAACUAUACAUAACAUUAUGAAGAAUCUUUAGAAGACGUGAAGGAAAGAAGUGCCUAUAAAGCACCAGAUCCUAGUGUUUGGAGAACAUUUGUGAUUUUGUCAUUGGCUUUGGGGCCCUUCAACACACUGGCCAGUGACGUUGUAUCCACUGCUCUUUUUCACUCAAACUAACAGCUUGUGCCCUAGGUAUAAGUGUAUUCUCCUCUCCCUUUCUCAGUAUUCCUCAUCAAUAUUUUUCUCCCAGUCUAGUUUCAAGACACUUUCAUCUCAUUAUUAAGUAUGAAUCAGACAGCACACUCUUAUUAAAUGUCGUUUAAAGAGAUAAAUCUGUUCUUCACUACCACUGCAUGCACUAACCAAAAUAAACAAAACAUUGUCCCCAUAUAAGGUCUGAGUUAAACCGUAGGUUUCUAAAAAAUCAAUCUGGUGUUUGGCAAAAACAGUUUUGAAGACAUGGUAUUUUGGUAUACAGCUAAAGAUUUCCCAACGUAGACUGUGGAUAUAUUUAUAGAAAAUAUCAAACUGGGAUCUAGCUCAGUUGUAGAGUGAUUACUUAGCAUGCAUGAAGCCCUGGGUCAGAUCUCCAGCACAGGAAUGGUAGAGAACCUUUGUAAUCCCAGCACUAGGAAGGUGGAGUCAGGAGGAUCAGAAGUUCAAGGUCAGCUACAUAGCAAACUGGAGGACAGCUUGAGCUACACAUGACCCUGUCUCAAAACAAAACAACAAAAUAAAAAGAAGCAAAAUAUUGAGCUCACAUUUGAAUUUCUUCUCCCUCCCUCCCGUCACCCAUUUUAUUCUUCAUUUUAUAAGCUGGAGAAUUAAUGAUUUAGUGAUUUUAAUUCCUUGUAUGCAGACCCUCCAAAUGAUGGUGACUCACUUUUCUUGAGACCUUUAACUGUGGUGAGACUAGGUCUUAUUCUCAAGCUUUACUAAAUGCAACAUGCCUUUGCAUACACACCAAGCUGAGCGUUUUCUCCAUAUCCUUGAGCCAGCUGUAAAUGUGUUUCCCAGUCUUGAUUGCUAUUAACUGAUUUAAAUAAAGUUGGUUUAUUUUCAAAUAUUACAAAA